AUGGAAAUGGAAAAUGCGAGUUUUCCUAAUAAUUUUGUCCUGCUGGGCUUCUCAGAGUUUCCCUGGCUGGAGAGGCCCCUCUUUGCAGUGGUCCUGCUCUCCUACAUCCUCACCCUGGUGGGGAACAGCUCCAUCAUCCUCCUCUCCCUGGUGGACCCCAGACUCCAGACACCCAUGUACUUCUUCCUGGACAAUCUCUCUCUGCUGGACCUCGGAAUCACCUGCACCACUGUGCCCCAGCUGCUGGCCAACCUGUGGGGACCAGACAAGACCAUUGCUGCCUGGGGAUGCAUCACACAGCUCUAUGUUUAUACCUGGACAGGAUGCACUGAAUGCGCCCUGCUGGCCAUAAUGGCCAUUGAUCGCUAUGUGGCCAUUUGCCGGCCCCUGCACUACACUCUCAUCAUGCGUCCUUGGGUGUGUGUGCAGAUGGUAGCUGCCUCCUGGUGCAGUGGCCUGGCCAGUUCUCUGCUCCAGGCCACACUCACUCUCCAGCUCCCAUUCUGUGGUCACCACACCCUGGACCACUUCUUCUGUGAGGUGCCUGUGCUCAUCAAGCUGGCCUGUGGGGACACCUCUACUAAUGAGCUGGCAAUGGUUUUAGGAAAUCUUCCAUUUGGAGUAGUGGCUCCCCUAAUGGUGCUCAUCUCCUACAUUUUCAUUGCCAGGGCUAUACUGAAGCUGCCUUCGGCUGAAGGAAGGCACAAGGCACUCAGCACCUGCAGUUCCCACUUGCUGGUGGUCACCAUGUAUUUUGGGCCAGGCAUGUACAUGUACCUCCAGCCCCCAGCCAAGAGCAAACAGGCCAAGUUUAUGUCCUUCUUCUACUGUGUUUUCACCCCAGUACUCAACCCACUCAUCUACACCCUGAGAAAUAAGGAUGUGCAGGCAGCAUGGAAGAGGAUUCUGCAAUCCCAGGGUAAGGUGAAGUCUUGGAAAGUGAGAAGAACCCUGCCUGUAUCCUGA